AUGUCGAGCAGGCAGCUUCGCAAGCUGCAGAAGCAAAAGGAGCUCGAGAAGACCCAGGAGACAGCGGCGCACAACUCUGAUGAGAGCGAUGAUGAUCAGUCCCCGGUGGUUGCGCGGCCCCGUGCGAGCCUCUUCGCCGCGCUUGGCGGGGAUGAUGAUGAGGGGCACGAUGAGGACGACGCGGCUGAGGCGGAGCCGCAACCCGCCCACGAGGUGAGCGAAGCACAGCCGCCCGCAGGUGGAAAGAGCAAGAAGAAAAAGAAAAAGAAGAAGAAGAAGGCCAAGGCGGCUCAAGAUGCGGCCGACGUCAAUGACGAUGAGGAGGACGAGAUCGACAGAGCCAUCAAGGAGCUCAACAUCACUACCAAAGUCGACCCAGAAUCCGCGGCGGCCGCCAGGACUGCGCAGGAUACAACUCGCCGCAGUAACGAACUCUUGGCGAUCAACCCCUACCACCUCAAGGCUGUCAACGAGAUGCGUAACCUGUUUGGCCGCGACAUCAUCAUGUCCGCUGAGGCUGAGGAGGAGCAGGAGCGCAUCCGCCGGCAGCGCGAGCCCCGGCAGCGCGAAGUCGACCUUGAGACGUUCCUGCGCGGCCCCCCCAACGCCAAGAAGCUCUCCGAGGUGUCGCUGCGCCGCAACGUCUUUAUCAUGGGCCGCGAGCACUGGCCGCGGGGGACGGCCGGCGGGCUGGCCAUGGAGGAAGUGAAGAAGGCGGAGGAUGGCAGCUGGACCGAGUAUGCAUAUAUGCAUGGAGGGGAAUACGAUGCGGUGCAGGCCUUCUUUUUUGGAUGCGUGCAGAUGGGUGACCCUAUGAGGAUGGUCCAUCUCCUCCAGGAAGUCCCAUACCAUGUAUCGACGCUCCUCCAGGUUAGCCGCGUAGCCAACCAAGACCAGAACAUGGCCCUCUCCGCCGAGCUCUGCGAGCGAGCCCUCUUCACCUUUGGCCGUGUGACGACGUCCGCCUUCCGGCAGAACAUCGAGCAAGGCCGAGCACGCCUCGACUUUCGCCGCCCGGAGAACCGGCAGUUCUGGCUGGCCGGGUACUACUACAUUAAGACCCUCAUCCGCAAGGGCACGUACCGGACGGCGUUGGAGUGGGCCAAGCUGCUGUACACGCUGGACCCGCGGGACCCGUACGCGAUGCGGCACUUUAUCCACUCGCUGGCGAUCCGAGCCCACGAAGCUCGCUGGCUGGUUGACUUCCUCGACGAGGUGGAGGCGACAGGUGACAACCGCGACACCGUGUACCUCUGGCAGAGCGUGGUGCUGGCUAAGCUGCAAUUAGGCGACACCGAAGGCGCGCGUGCUGAGCUGACUGCCGGUAUGAACCGGGUUCCGUGGCUGUACUGUGCGCUGUUCCAGGAGCUCAAUCUCGACACGCCACCGUCCAUUUGGGGCAUCAACGCUCACUCUGAUGCGCGAUCAUUCUGGGUGACAUUGUACAUUUACCAAGCCAAGGACCUUUGGAAUAACUCUCAGGCCACUAGCCUCCUACAGAGCGUGGCCAAGGGCUUAGGAAAGGUCGACAUAACCAACCUGCCGGCGGACGAUGCGCCGGCCGAUCUAGGGGCGACUCGAUUGGCCUUCCUCGAGGGCCAAACGUCACUACUUUCAGCUGCGCUUCGGGAGCUCAUAGAGAUGCAGCCCAAUUAUGAAUUCGACCCAAUGCCGCCUCCUGAGAAUGAGAACAUCUUUACCGCUGAGGGAAUACGAUUGCCGUGGGUGGAGAGUCGGCAGCGGAGGACGGCGCCGAGCGAUAUUGAGGCGCGGUUGCGCCGCAUGUUGUUCGAGCGGCCAGCGAAUCCGGAUGCCCACCGGGAUGGGAUGGCUGGGAUGGCGGAGGGAGAACCCAUCGACCUUUUGCAAGCAGAAGCAAGAGCAGAAGAGCAAGCCCAGCUCUUGGACGACCAGGAGCUGCAGCGGGAUCUAGAGGAGCACGCUAGGGGAGGAAAUGGACCAGGGCUGCUUGGGACUUUGAUGCAGCUCCUCGGCGGACGUCAAGCGGAAGGAGAUGAUGGCGAGCCCCGGCAACCCGAUGGGGCGGGUGACUUUCCGGGGGCUUGGCCCUCCGAUUCUGACGAAGACGAUUUUUACGUAGACAGAUAG